AUGGCUCAUUCUAAGCAUAUAGACAAAGUUCUUGAUAGGCAUGGUGAUGAAACUAUUGCAAAUAACUGCUUAAGGUUGAAGACAUCCAUUGAUGUUAUUCUAUGGCUUGCAUUUCAAGCAUGUGCAUUUAGAGGCGACGAUGAAAGUCCUGUAUCUUUGAAUAUGGAAAAUUUUAUUGAGUUAAUUAAGCUUUUAGCUUCAUGCAAUCAGAAUGUUAAUAAUGUUGUCCUUGAAAAUGCUCCUGGAAAUGCUCAAUAUAUAUCUCCCGGUGUUCAAAAAGAUAUAUUGCAUAUCUUUGCUAGAAAAGUGCGUGCAACAAUUCGAGAAGAAAUUGGUGAUUCUAAAUUUUGUAUAAUUAUUGAUGAAGCAAUAGAUGAGUCAAAGCGAGAACAAAUGUCUGUGAUUUUGAGAUUUGUAGACAAGCACGGUUGUGUUCAAGAAAGAUUUUUUGAUCUUAUACAUGUUUCUGAUACGUGUUCUUUGACAUUGAAAACAGAAAUUUCAUCAGUUCUUUCUCGUCAUAAUCUUGAUGUUCAAAAUCUUAGGGGACAAGGGUAUGAUAGAGCUAGUAAUAUGCGUGGUGAAUGGAAUGGAUUGCAAGCUCUAUUUUUGAAAGAUUGCCAUUUUGCUUAUUACGUUCACUGUCUUGUUCAUCGAUUACAAUUAUCACUUGUUUCUGCAGCCAAAGAAGUUUGCUAUGUUCAUCAAUUCUUUUCAAAACUUACACUAAUUGUGAAUGUUGUGACUGUUUCUCCUAAACGUCAUGAUCAGUUAAGGGUUGCUCAUGCCGAUGAUCAACUUAAUUGGAAAAACUAG